UAGUGCGUUGCGUGGGCUAGCUAUAGCAGCAUUAGCUGUGUAAUGGUGAUGCUCUAGAGGGUCUCUGAGGAUUUCCGAAAUAUCGACGCAGAUCGACAUUUAUGAGAGGAUCUAAUUAAUGCUCUGUGCCAUGUCCUUGAAGAGCCCAUCAGACCUGCUCAAUGAAAACACGUACAUCUCACCUUCCUUGACCCUUGACCAGCUCUGCUUAUCAUAUGAAAGAAGAUUGGGCCCGACAGAGACUCGUGGGUCAGAUGCUUUCUCUCUAAAGAGUCAACUUAAUAACGGCAGCACAAACUCUCUCCAGCUUCUCAAAGGCAUUAUGGGAGGACUAGAUGAUGAUAAUGAUGAUGUAUCCCUCCGGCACCAGGAAGAUGAAUGGAGCAGAAAUCAUGAGAAUGAGCACAGUCUUCCUGUCUCUGAGAGCAAUGCCAAGUGGAUGAAGGAAGAUCAGAAUCAAUUAUGCAAGUUAGCAGAGCAACAGCAGCAGCAAGACCAGAAUCUCAACCUGGUUGAAAACAAGAAUGAAUCCACUGUCAGAAACCCAAACCAGAACUCACAGCGGCGUCAUGAAGUGAAGAACAAGACCCUGAAAGCGCUCUGCUCUGACCUGCACAGUUGGGCAGCUGAUGAACAUCUUCUGAUUUACUCUUCUCAUACUCUGAUGGAGAAGAAUCAAGAAAACCAAGAGCAGAUGAAAGACGUGGAAGCAGAGAGAGAGGAAGAGAAACAUUUAAAUCCCAGUGGAGCAGAGAACGCAGAUUCAUCUGAGAUUCAGAAGAAAGGAGGUGACGGUGGCAGCAGAAAUGCUUGUUUAUUAUUCAGUAAAAACGUCAUUCCCAGCGACGAGGACUCCAGCUGCAUGUCGCUGUCUCAGGGAAGCACUGCAAGCAGCUCCCCAGAUGGAGAGCCAGAGUCCUACUGGGAUGGCAGUGCUUUUGAAACAAACACAGAUCUGCCCGCUGGUUGGAUGCGAGUGCAGGACACAUCAGGCACCUACUACUGGCACAUUCCCACAGGGACCACGCAGUGGGAGCCACCUGGACCCCUAGAGGAGAGAGCAGCCAGCACCUCACCUGCGCUCACACCUGGUGACCAGCCUCAGAUUUCAUGGAGUGGUGUUUCUCAUCCAAACACAUUCACUGAGGAAGAGCAUUGGCAGAAGGUGGACGUGGCUUCUGAUGAAAGUCUGAAGGAGUUUGAGGGAGCGACUCUACGUUAUGCCUCCAUCAAUCUCAGUUUUUCUCAGUCUGAGGAGGAAGAGGAACAGACUUAUUUCAGCAGUAAUGAGGGGGCGAAGUGCUUUGCGGUGCGUUCUCUGGGCUGGGUGGAGAUCUCAGAAGAGGAGAUGGCUCCUGGCAGGAGUAGUGUUGCAGUUAAUAACUGUAUCCGACAGCUGUCCUACCAGAAACACAAUCUAGAUGACACAGCUGGCUUCUGGGGCGAGGGGAAGGAAAUGCUUCUGGUGCUGGAGAAUGAGACUCUGAACCUGAUCGAGCCUCACGGUCGAACGCUGCUGCACUCUCAGCCCAUCAUCAGCAUCCGUGUGUGGGGAGUUGGACGUGAUGAUGGCAGGGACUUUGCAUAUGUGGCACGAGACAAGUUGACUCACGUGCUCAAGUGUCAUGUAUUUCGGUGUGACACCCCUGCUAAGAACAUUGCCACAAGCCUGCAUGACAUCUGCUCAAAGAUAAUGGCCCAGAGGAAGUCAUCCAGCAGACUGAACACUGACCCCUCAAGACUUGGGGACAUCCCCUUCCAGGAGUUCCCAGCGCCCAAGAAUGAGCUGGUCCAGCGCUUCCAGGUGCACUACUUGGGUCGUGUGCCAGUGACAAAGCCAGCUGGCAUGGAUGUGAUAAAUGUGGCAUUGGAGACUGCUCUUAACAGCAAAGACAAGGAUUGGACACCUGUGACUGUGAACGUGGCGUCCGCUACACUCACUAUUCUGACUUCUGAGGCGGAGGAAGUUCUUUCUGAAUGUCGUGUGCGUUUCCUGUCAUUUAUGGGAGUUGGGAAGGAUGUGCACACGUUUGCAUUCAUAAUGGCAGAGGGACCUGGAGACUUCAUAUGUCACAUGUUCUGGUGCGAUCCAAACGCUGCGAGUCUAAGUGAGGCCGUACAGGCCGCCUGUAUGCUGAGGUAUCAGAAGUGUUUGGACGCUCGGCCCCCCAGCGGUGGCAGCUCUUGUCUGCCCGGGCCGCCUGCUGACUCUGUGGCCCGCAGGGUGGGAUCCAGUGUGAAGAAGGGGGUUCAGAGUCUGCUGGGGAGCUUCAAGAGAUCUGGAUCUCAGACACCCUAAAAAGAAAAACACCUCCUCUGCAGUGCUCACUACAAAUAUGUUUUGUUCUGUGUGUGUGU